UCUCCACCCCCACCCCACUUUACAACUCCCCCAACCCCUCCCCUCCACCCCUUUCCCCCCGCCCCUUCUGAGAGAGUGUGUUUGUGUUUGACAAAGAAAUGGUUUGAACUUCCCACUGCCUCUUGAAGGGGGGGGGAGAAAAGGGAAACGGAAUAGCAGUUUUGACAUAUGGAUGUGAUUUGUCAGCCAGGGGACAGAUGCGUUCAGGCAGAAGGCCCUGCCACCAGGGACUGAGGCUGUGUCUUCUUGGGGCGCUCAGCACCCCCCGUUCCAUGCACUGCUCCUCGCUUCGCCUCUUCCGACCCCUUUGAAACUCUUCAGUCAUGAGAAAGCGAGGCAAAGAACUGUUCUUCCUCGCCUCCUGCCUUUGGGGCUAACUCUGCCACCUCGCCCCACGUUUCCCCCCUGAACCCCUAAACCCCCAUCAACAAACUGGGGCCUGCCAGUAACUCAAGGAACACAGCGACAGGAUUACCGGACAGUCCAGCCUGCUGGAGACUUCUUGGAUGUUGCAGACAGUCUCCGUUUGGCUAUGGGAUCCUAUCUGAUGUACCACAGCUUGGGUCUGGUCAUAUGCUGCACGGUGCUUAGUUCCGUCUUCGGGCUGGAGGAUGUGGACGACGUCCUGACAAAGGAAGAGCAGAUCUUCCUGCUGCUCAAAGCCAAGGCCAAGUGUGAGCGCCAUCUAAAGGCCAAAGGACCCAAACUGCAAGAUGGGUUCUGCGUCCCCGAGUGGGACAACCUCAUCUGCUGGCCCGAAGGUGCCCCGGGCAAGACAGUGGCCAUGCCCUGCCCAGAUUACAUCUACGACUUCAACCACGAAGGCCAUGCCUAUCGACGGUGUGACUUGAACGGGAGCUGGGCUCUGGUGCCCAGCAACAACCGCACUUGGGCCAACUACAGCGAGUGCGCCAAGUUCCUCACCAUCAACACCACGGAAAGGGAAGUCUUCGAUCGCCUCUAUUUGAUUUAUACUGUCGGCUAUUCCAUCUCGCUGGGGUCCCUAACCAUCGCUGUCCUUAUCCUAGGAUACUUCAGGCGCUUGCACUGCACAAGGAAUUACAUCCACAUGCACCUGUUUGUCUCCUACAUGCUGCGAGCCAUCAGCAUCUUCGUGAAGGACGCCGUCCUGUACUCCGGCUCGGCACUGGAGGAGAUGGAGCGGAUCUCGGAAGAGGACUUCAAGUCCAUCACGGAGGCACCUCCAGCAGACAAGUCCCAGUUGGUGGGUUGCAAGGUAGCAGUGACCUUGUUCCUUUACUUCCUGGCCACCAACUACUACUGGAUCCUGGUGGAAGGGCUCUACCUUCACAGCCUCAUCUUCAUGGCCUUCUUCUCGGAGAAGAAGUACCUUUGGGGAUUCACGUUAUUUGGCUGGGGGCUCCCUGUUGUGUUUGUUACAUUCUGGGCAACGUUAAGGGCGACGUUUGCAGACACAGAGUGCUGGGAUUUAAGUGCUGGCUACUUCAAAUGGGUUAUUCAGGUGCCUAUCCUCAUAGCUGUCAUGGCAAAUUUUAUCCUGUUCAUCAAAAUUCUCAGAGUCCUCGCAACCAAACUCCGAGAAACAAACGCGGGGAGGUGUGACACGAGGCAACAGUACAGGAAGCUACUGAAAUCCACCCUGGUCCUCAUGCCUCUUUUCGGAGUUCAUUAUAUUGUUUUUAUGGCUAUGCCGUACACCGAAGUGUCAGGGAUCAUCUGGCAAAUUCAAAUGCACUAUGAAAUGCUCUUCAACUCUUUCCAGGGUUUUUUUGUCGCCAUUAUCUAUUGCUUUUGCAACGGGGAGGUUCAAGCAGAGAUAAAGAAGUCAUGGAGCAGAUGGACGUUAGCGCUUGACUUUAAGCGGAAAGCUCGCAGCGGGAGCACCACCUACAGCUACGGGCCCAUGGUGUCCCACACCAGCGUGACCAAUGUCACCGCGAGAGGCGGGAUCGCCCUGCAGCUCAAUUCGAAACUCCUUCCAGGAGCCCUCAACGGACACCGGAACUUGCCGGGAUACGUCAAAAAUGGCUCCAUUUCGGAGAACUCUAUGCCUUCCACUGGACCGGAACAGUACAACAAAGAGGAGGAGUAUCUCAACGGGUCGGGACUCUACAACGGAGACCGGCCAACGGUCCUUGUGGAAGAGGAAAAGGAGACGGUGAUGUAAAGGGGUGGGUGGGAGGAAUGGUCAAACGUCCAAAGGAUAAGUGACCCAGGAAGCACUGGGUGUUCAUAGGAAUCCCUGGCCAAUCACUGAAUGCUGAGGUUCUUCAGACGUUUUCCCCCCGGUUCUUCGGAACGAGGUGUCAAGUUCUGCGGGGAAAUGCAGGUCCGCGGUCCAAUCACACACACACACAAACACACACACACUUUUGUUCCCUGGCUUGCUCUCUCGCUUUCUCACGGUGUUCAUGAAGGCAAGGGCUCUCCAGACCCAGGAGAGCUCGUCAUUCCCGGUUAAAAUGAAGGAGAUCCUCCGAGUUUACAAAGACAGCGCUCUGAGCUUUAUCUGCCACUGAAAUAGAAACGGAAGAAGAUGUCGUGCGUCACGUUUUGGCGCCAAGAGAGUGAAGGGUAGAGCAUCAUUGUCCGGUGGUGGUGCAAGCUUGCCCCAAGGCCUUCCUGAACGUGACCGUUUCCCAUGUUUAUUGGAAAGAAACAGGGUUUGUCAUGUGGUCGAUCCAUCCAAGAGGGGUUCAGCCCAAUGAACCCUCAUUUCUGGCCGUCGCUAACUGGAAUCUGCUCCCUGGAAGGGCUUUACAUAGUUGUUCCUCCUUUGAUUAAGGUCCGGUCCUCGAAAGACCUGGUUGCAUGUUCCUACGGGAAGCAGGAAAUCUUUCAUCUGAACAACGUGGGGUUUUUACUCCCGGUAAUUCGCUUUAAUAACAGCCAAAUGGGAGUCGUGGAGGGUCCUUUGUCUGAGCUGAGCUGAAAUUUUGAGUGAAAGGAGCCGGUGCAAUUGGACGGAAGCAGCCGAGAGCGGGCAGCCCAGCUUUCACGGCAAUCUCAUCCAUUCUGUUUUGUGGGUAGCAGAGGGGGAAUCUGUGCUGCCGAAUUUUGUGUGCUUUUUGUCAGUUUGGCUGUCAAUUUCAUUGCCGCCCGCCCAGCGCAAAAAAAAUCCUGGAAAUUGUAGUCUGGUGGGCACCUCAAUCAUUCUUGUCCUCUCCCAGAAUGAUAAUUUCCAGGAUCCCUGGAAAGGGAAUGUCCUUGAGAACCAAUUUAAAUCGGAAAUGUAAAGGCACCCUGAGAAACAGCGGGGUCAGCUGGAAGCUGGUUUGAUAGCAGUAAGGGGUGAGUUAUCCUAUGAAGAAGCUUCUCGACUGGCCCAUUUUGCAGAUCCAAGAUGAGAGGGACGCCUUUGGCCUUCUGGCUACUGCUAGACUACAACUCCCAUCAUCUGUACACACCACUGGCAUGCAGGGGCUGAUGGGAGAUGUAGUCCGACAGGUUCCGGAGGCCCACCCCUGUACUAGAUUCUGGGAGCCGCAUUUUGGACCGGUGUGUUUUCAAGAGCUGCUGGAGCAAAUAUCUGUACUGCCCAGGUGUUCCAUAUUCACCAAGGAUGAAGGGAAGUUGGCUAAAAGUCACAGGAAGGGCAGAGGUGAUUGUGCGAAGCAAGGGUGGUGGACCCAAAGUCAGGUUGGCCAGAGGUGCUGCUGGUCACCUCCGCCUACCCAAAAAGCCAUGCUGACUAUCCUACCUCUGCUGUCAUAACACCUAAUGGGGACAAAUCACAAGACCUUUUUGGACAUGGUGGUUCACGGUCGUCCAACAGCAGGGCCGGCCCAAGACAAGAUGGCACCAAGGACAAGAUGGCGCCCUCCAAUUCCACUUGUAGAAUCCAGUGGGGCUGGCAGUGAACUCAUACUUCCAGCACCAACAAUGGGAUGGCGUAUCUCUACCAUAUCUGGGGGUUCAGUAGGCCAUCUUAGGGGGUCUGAAGUAGGCUGCCCUGGGGGACUUAGGGGAAUGGUGACAGCUCCUUUCCCCCAGUAUCCUGGCACAGGUCAGAAAUUUGUCUACCGCCUUGGCCACUGGCAAAGAACCAACCUGAUCUGGGUCGCCCAGGUAACCACCACUUGAAAACUGGUUGUGCAAAUUGUUUCUCGAGAUCUUCAAUUUCCGGAGAUUAGGGAGCAACUCAACCCCGUCCACAUUUACACAGGCGUUAAUCCCACUGAUUUCAAUGGAGACAUCGUCUUAGGAUCAUGGCCCCGUUUUGGUUGGGAAUGUCUGCCCUGCAGACACCUCUUGAUUUUUAUACCACUUUGAUGGUCAUGGGCUCCCCUAAGGAAUUCUGGGAGUUGUAGUUCAGCACAGAGGCUGAGAAUGCUCUGUUUGGGAUGCUGGGGCCCUUUCUGAGAACUACAGUUCCCUGGUCAGAGGGAAUAAAUCCUAAAUCAGAUUCAGUAUGUAGCACAUACUGUGUGCCACAGUCAGCCUCUUCUGUCUUCUCCUUUUGCAACCAAGCCAAACUCCGGAAGUAAAAAAAAUCCCUUUGCUAAACUGCAACUGAUGCAUAACUUCCAAAAAUUUCCAAACAUGCUUAAUAAUAAUCAAAAUAAUCUUGCAUAAAACAACUAGGAAAUCCCAUAUCUUAAAAAAAGUCCUAUUAAAAUGAAUUCCGUUUAUAUCCUUCCUUCACUCCCCAUGGGAGCAAAUUCUCCAGCACCUAAGAGCCUACAGUCUUAGUUAUUGUGGGAGAGAGUUAAGAAGACAUUUAAAACUGGCUUGCACACCUCAAGUGAAUUUACCUUAAUGAACCCAAGAGCAGAUUUGGCGAACAAGGAGUGAUGGAGAUGUCCAUUGUAAAAGAAAACCAUGUCAGGGUCUGUAAGAGAGCUUGAAAACUGCCUUGGUUUUUUCCCUCCCAUCAAGUUGUCUAAUAUCUUCUCUCUUCAGCCAGAAGACCCCAAAGGGUCAACACGCCUAUUCUGCAAUUUUAAAAUAUAGAUAUGUUGAUCCUGUCCCCAAAAGAGGCUGAAUGUUGCAACCGGUAUCAGUUACCCAGAUUUGCACAGUUGAGCUUAUUUUGCAUAAUUUAUUCCCUGCGUUUCCUAUUUUGCAUAAUUUAUGAUGGCACGGCUAGUCGUGAGGAAGGGGAGGAGCUAAAAUGGGUCUGAAGCCCCGCCCACACACAUCACUAGAAAGCUUAUUCGUUCUUCAAUCUGGCUUCUGAGAUUUUGCUCUGAUUUCCCUGGGCAUUCUCAGACGUUCAGGGCUAGAAACUUGCUCUCUUUUUAAGGAAAGGAAAGGAAACUGAAAUCAACAGGUGGUAUCAUGGUCCUGUGAUUAAAUCCACACACACACACACACACACACACACACACACCACACUUCCACAAAA